UUUUCUGCUUCGGUACUGCAACACGGAGCAUGACUCACACUAAGUGGCUCUAAUUCAUCUACAUUAGUGUCCCCCCAGCUCAUCAAAGACCACCCGGCCCAGUCUUAUAUAAAGUCAGUCUGAGCCUUAUGUAAGUGAAGCUGGAGUGUGACUGGUGUUUAGGGUUGUUUAAAUUAAACAGAAGGGUCCGGUUUCCGCUUUUAGUUUGAGCCUUGAAACCUCCUUCAGUUCAUCACAUCAAUAUAAUCAUCAGCACGUCUAAUCCUUUCACUUGCCGUCAUGAGUUCGUCAUGUGUCGCUCCCUAAUGCAACGUGCGGGUCAUGAUGACUGGGCUUUAAUUUUGAACGGCCUUGUACAUGCACAUAUUGACUCUGAUAAGGUAGGAGUGGCCGAGCCUUAAACAUAAAUACGAGACCUGGACGCACGGCGGGCUCAUUCUGAGAAGAGGAGAACUUUGAGGCAGAGCGAAGGCGAUGGCGUCUCAGCCAAUCAGCAUUCUAAUCACAGGAGCCAACAGAGGCCUGGGCCUGGAGAUGGUUGAGCAAAUACUGCAGGCUUCCCAGCCAGUGAAACAGCUAUUCGCCUGCUGCAGAGACCCAGAUGGACCCCAGGCUGAGGCUUUGCGGACGCUGGCAAAAAAGCACGCGGACGUCGUCUCCAUCGUCCGUCUGGGUACGAGACGCCUCUGACCUUCGCAGCAUCAGACGGGCGACGCAGCGCGUGGGCGCCGCGCUGCCGCCGGGGGGUCUCAACCUGCUGAUUAACAACGCGGCCGUCCUGCCCAGAGGCGGCCUGCAGACCACCAGCCCCGAGGACAUGCAGAGCGCCCUCCACACCAACGUGCUGGGCCCCGCCAACAUCAUCAAGGAGUUCCUCCCUCUCCUUCGCGCCGCGGUGAGGGCCGGUGGACGAGCGGGGAUGUCCUGCAGACAAGCAGCCGUCGUCAACAUCUCCGCCUUCCUGGGUUCAUUCCCGUCCAUAGAGGAGACCUACGACUUCCUGCCGGCCAUCUCCUACCGCAUGAGCAAGGCGGCGCUGAACAUGCUGACGCUGUGCGCCUCCACGGAGCUCAAGCGAGACGGCAUCCUGGUCGCCGCGCUGCACCCUGGCUGGGUCCGCACGGACAUGGGCACGCAGGAGGCCGACAUCGAUGCCCGGGAGAGCGUGGAGGGGAUGCUUGAUGUGGUGUUCUCCCUGAACGAGAAGGACACCGGAACCUUUCUGAAUUAUAAGGGCAAAGUGAUCGGCUGGUGAAACCGCGCUGAAGGACAAUGAUUAGUCACGACGCAUACAAAAUAGCACAACAUCCAGGACUGAAGCGCUGAUCGACCUCAGAGACUGAACAGUAUAACAGCGACUUUGUUGUUCAUUAACUGCAAUCAAGCGUGAAAUAACCAUAACUAGAAAUAAAGGAGUUGUAACCGGC